AUGGCCCCUUCAAAUCUCCACGAGUCCGGGAGCGGCUCGUCCUCCAGAGACGACAUCAAGCCGAACAACCCACUGCAAGCCGACUUCGAUGCUGAAGACACCAGUAGCAUGGACUCUGAUGAAAGAUACUUGCGUGCACUCGGUUACAAGCAGUCUCUGCACCGUCAAUGGAAGUUCUUCGAAUCGUUCGCAGCUAGCUUCGCUGCGUUGUAUUCGGUCGGUGGCAUUAGAACAACGUUCACGAUAGGUGUUGGAGCUGGUGGGCCUGCGGCAUAUUGGUCGAGCUAUGUCGUAACCUGCGUCUUCGUCACCAUCACAGCUGCUGUGCUAGCUGAGAUCUGCUCCGCACUACCCGCUGCGGGUUCCAUCUACUUCUGGGCUGCUGAAGCCGGCGGUCGCAAGUAUGGUCGGCUCUUCGGAUUCAUCGUUGCAUGGUGGAGUACCACUGCCUGGACGACCUUCGUCGCUUCCAACUGUCAAGCUGCUGCCAACUUCAUGCUGUCCGAGAUCGCUGUCUUCGGAGUCGACUUUCCAACUGACACCAACAACAUCCGCUUCCGUGCAGUGCAGUGGAUUGUCUCCGAGACCUUCCUGUUCAUCUCGAUCGGCAUGAACUACCUUGACCCGAAGACGUACAAGACGAUCUUUCGCCUGGCGACCGCGGUCAUUCUGCUCGACUUCUUCCUCAACAUCAUCUGGCUGCCGAUCGCCGUCUCCAACUCAUAUGGCUUCCACGACGCAAAGUACGUCUUCACGCAGACCUACAACGAAACUGGCGCGCCUCCGGUGUGGAACUGGAUGCUCAGCUACUUCGUGACUGCUGGCAUUUUGGUCGGAUUUGAGGCUUCUGGUCACAUUUCGGAGGAAACACAAAACGCCAGCUUGACCGCCGCUCGCGGCAUCUUCUGGUCUGCAGUGGCGUCCGCUCUCAUCGGCUUUCCACUGGUCAUUCUCUUCCUUUUCUGCCUACCGAAUCUCGACACGCUGUACAGCCUUGGCGCUCCACAGCCUUUCGUGCAGAUAUACGCUUUGACAAUGGGCCGCGGCGGACACGUUUUCAUGAACGUCGUCUGCAUCAUCGGCCUUCUCUUCAACACCACCAUCGCUGGUGUUGCGAGCUCGCGCUUGAUCUGGGCCGUCGCGAGAGACGGUGUGCUGCCAUUCUCCGGCUGGAUCUCGGCUGUGUCUGUCAAGAAGGAACCAAAGAAUGCGAUCAUCGUUAUGCACGCAGUGGCAGCGCUGCUUCUCUGCACCAUCCUGGCCUCUCCAGUGGCAUUCACAUCUCUGGUCAGCGCUGCUGGCGUGCCGACGAUAACGGCAUACGCCCUCAUCGCCUUCGGGCGGAGCUUUAUCACGCCGCACAACUUCAAGCACGCGCGGUUCAGCCUGGGACGCUGGAGCCGUCCUCUGACCUUCAUCACCUUUGUCUGGAAUUUGUACCUGGCCUGCGUCCUCUUCUCGCCGCUGUACUUCCCGGUCACAGGCUCUGGCUUCAACUACUCGCCCGUGAUCUUUGCCGCCAUCACGAUCUUUGGCAUCGUCACUUACUUCAUUACUCCUGAGGAGAAGUGGUUGCCGAAUGCUCGUCUCGGAAAAGUGCACAAGCUGGAUGAGGAAUACAGCGGUCACGCACCGACUUCGCCGGCCUCAGAUCUCCUACGAGUGUAA